UUAGCGGCUUCUAGUGGUGAGGUUGAAAAUUGCAACCAACGGCUCAGUCCACUGCUCACCCCUCGCUUUUGAAAUGCACAGAGAAGCUAUGGUAGCCGCCACCGGAAAAACAUAUAAUCGAUGGAGACAACUUAGUAAACAAAGUUUGUCCAUUAAGGGCUUCUGUAGAAACAUGGCGGCACAAAAUGGCGACUUCCACGUAGGGGGACCCUCGAUGUAUGUAGAUAAAAUCAUCUUAUUCUAAGGUAAUAAAAACAUAACACCCCAUUACACCCCUGAUAAUAUAGUUUUGUAUAUUAUUUUGCAUUUCUGUCAAGAGACCCUUCUAAAAAUUACACACUGCACCUUUAAAAAGCAUAAUUUAUAAAUAAACACUACUUGCAUCUUAAGGCACAACAAUCGCACUGAUAUAUUUUAAGAUAUGAGCAAGUUGUUGUCAAUUAAGUUCAAUACUAUAAAUAGCUGUCACUGCUACCCUUUCAAAAAGUACACCUUUGCACCUAAAAAGUUCAUAGUAGCACCUCAGAGUUACAUAUUGGUACCAAGAAGUGCAUAUUAGUACCUUAACGGUACAUAUUGGUACCAAAUGUAUAAAACAUGCUGGGUUUCUGGUACAUAUAAGACCUUUUUUGUGGUUUACUCAAAUGACAGCUAUAGGGUCCAUUUUUUGACAGUGUACACCUGUAAUUCAAAAAAGCAGCUUUGCACUUCUUUUCAGGCUUUGUUAUGCAUGUCACGAUAUCCCAAAAUAUUUCCAUAAAAAUAUCUCCCAUUAUUAAAUCACUCAUAUUAUGGAAAUUCGUCGAAAUGCUCACAUAUCAGCUCCUUUCCGUGCAUGUAUUGUUCAAAUGUUGAUUUUUCCAUCCAAGUAAAACCACAAGAAGCCCAUCUGUUCUUUCAGAUGUACACAACAAUAAAGGCUUAAGGGAGGUUGCCAUGGACAAUGUUUUAGUUCAGUGCCAAUGAAUGCAGGGAUUAAAGAGCAGUGUAAUGAGAACAUUACUUUAUUAAGAUUUCUUUUCUUCUUCAUUGCUCACGUCAGGUGUUUGUUUGUGGGGCUUUGCAGAAACAAUCAUACUGCUUUUGUUUGCUGGCCUAAGGGUGUGAAAAUAUCUGAUACGUGAUAUCAGGGAUGCGUGUCAAGCAAUUGUAAAUCACACCGGAAACAAUAUGGAGUAGGUGUGCCCCAAAAAGCCCUUAAGAUAAAUCAAUUGUAUUUUCUUCUUGAUUUGCAUAUUAUAAUACUAAAGCAAACAGAAACAGUACGGAUCACUUCUUUAGAUCACAUUGUUUAUGCAAAGUGUCACUUCCAUUAAAUUUCAAAUAAAAAAUUAUCAUCUUGGCCUUUUUGGAGAGCGAGUUGUUCAGCACUCUAAAAAUGCUGGGUUGUUUCAAUCCAUGGAUAAUAUGAACAAACCAUCAUUUGUUUAUAUUAACCUAUAAAAUGUCCAUAUUUGACCCAAUCAUGGUUUGAAACAAGCCAGCUGCUGGCUUUAGGCCACCCCGUCCAUUAUCAACUUAAUUUGUUUUUUAGUGUUGUAUAUCUCAUAUCCAUUCAUAUUAGAAUAUUAUAAUAUCAAUGGGUUCAUGUAACUGGAGAGCAACUUGGGUCAGUGGCUUCAGGCUAUCCUGCUGCUUAUUAUCAGGCAUCAUUUUAAUUUUUUACUGUAUUUUACCAUUUUUAAAUAAAAUAGGCGCACUGAUAGUGCGCCCAGUGGCACAAGAAAACAAUGAGUAACCAUUAACAAGCUAUUUUUAGCCUUUAUCUAAAUGAAAUACCGAUGACACUCACAUUCAAUAAAUCUUUGGGAGCAUAAUAGCCCUUGGCUGAGAUAAUGACAGGUUAGCUCAACAUGACAAUCUGUUUUAUGCUAACCCACUAACUGACGCACAGCGCCUGACAGGGCGCAUUAAAUUUCAGCGCAUUUCCCUGCACCCAAAUAAUCCAAACAUUUGCACGACAUAGCACGCGAAAUUAUUGCGUCAUUAUCUUCUCACUUUUAAGUGUUUGGCGUCACGCGAGCAUAUAAAUUAAGCCAUUAUGCGCAUGCACCGUUAAACAGGACCUGUGCUCUUAAGUGGACAAGCUAUUACCGGAAUAUUGAUCAAGAGAGGAGAGUUUAUGGGCGUUAUGUGCGUCGUAUGGAGAUACAGAUUAGCAGUUUCAAUAAUUCUGGUUUUGGUGCUUUGUGAUGUGCAUGCAUCAGAUGAUGCAGAAACAGGUGGAAAAGUUUAUCCACGUGGAAACCACUGGGCUGUAGGUCACUUAAUGGGCAAGAAAAGCACAGAUGAGCAAGGCAGACUCGAGGAUCCAGGCGGCGAUGACGAGAGCGUUUUAGCGAGCACUGGUCAGUACGAUAUGCAACCUGGCUUUGUGCGCGCCCUGGAGGCGCUCAUGAGGGAAAAAGCUGAACAGAGGAGCGCGCGGGUGAGCGCGCGGGUGAACGCGCAGAAGGAUGAUGCUGCGCAGCUGCUGCAUCGGCUGCUGUCACCGACGCGUGAGUUGGUGGAAGGUCGCAAGAGAGACAGUCAACGUGAACAGGUGGAGCAGUUGAUGUCUCAAGCUUUAGAUAUGAAAGAUGAAUCAAGCUAAGGACAAAAUCUACAAAAUGCCUCUAAGACUGUACUCUGAAGUUCUACAAAAUGACAUCGGUCUCUGUCAGAUACAAAUAAUUAUUCAAAACACUAUUUAAUUAUGCAUGUUAUAUUUUUCUAUGUAAAUCUAUAUAAAAUAUGCUUAUAAACUCGGUGCCAUUAUUCUGUAAUAUUAAAUGCUAUUGUUUUAUAUAAAUAAAUUUAUCUUGUGAUAACUUUUACUGUGGUAACCAUUGUAGUCCCAGUUUAGUCAAAAACUGUUUAAUAAACUUUGAUCAUUGGGCUAUUUGCUUUGAAAGUACUGAGGUGAUUCCUUAUGUGUGUACAAUCUAUGCAUAAACAAACUGAAGAUCAGUCAGUGUACUGGGCUUGUACACAGUUAUGUGUCAAAUGAAUAAAAGACUCUUUUUAUUUUUA